UAAUUAUAGUCACAUGGUAUUUAUUUAUAACGUUGGUUGUCUGCUUAACCAGUAAUAAGAAACUUCAAUUUCUUAUUCUUAGAAUCCUAUAUAGAUGUUUUAAAAAUGGUCCAUUCUUUUAUAAUUGCUGAAACUAACUCCCAAGUAUUGUUUUCAUCUGUUUUUAAUUUUUUAGAGGAUCCUGAUGAUCGUGAAAAACAAAUUAAAUAUUUUGCUCAACGAGUUAAAAAGGAGUUUGAGUUUAAUACAUCUGUAUCAAGUAAUAACUUUGACGAUUUCUCCGAAGCUUAUAUUGUUGAUAUUGAAACAAAAGGAAUUUUUAAUUUAAAACUGAAGAAUGUUGAAAAACAGAUAGUUUGGCAUUCAUAUUAUGGCUGUUUGUAUAUUCUAGUAUGUGAUCAAACUGAUAACCGGAUAUUAGCAGCCAGUACUUUGUUUUUUCUUAUAAAAACGAUAAAAGAUCUUUUGCCAAAGAUAACUUUGUCACAUUCCGAGAUUGUUCAAAAAGCAGAUGUUAUAUCAGUGGUUGUCAAUACUUUUAUGCCAUGUGGUCAGUUAUUAUUUAUAAAUAAUCAGGCUGCUCAACAACUUAUUAAAGACAUUCAGAAAGCAAUUAGAUAGAAGAUAAUUUUUUGUAUUUAUAAUUGAAAUUUUUUUUUUUACGAUUCUCUUUUGCAACUACAGUUGAAUAUCAUUGUACAUUAUUGUUUUUUGUGAUGCAAAUUGGAAAUCAAAUGUAUGCCUACAGUUGUUUUCUUUAUUUUUAAAAAAAAAUUUACUGUGUAUAAAUAAAUUCUAAUUAUCCUGAAA